ACGGAAGUGUUAUUGUUAUUGGCGGAACAGGAGCUAACAGAGCUAACAGAGCUAAUAUGACGGAGUGAGUGAUGGCUGCCGACAUCAGUCUGACGUGGACGGACAGGAGGCGUUCUGCAGGAGAAGAUGUCUGUCCGCUGCAGGUUAAAGCUCUGAGGACAGACGGACAGAUCAGGUGGGAUAGGACGUCUCUAAGCGCGUCCACGCCGCGCACAGGAAGUUCCUCAGAGGACAGAACACCUGUCUCAGGUAGAACAGGUGUAAACAGGUCUGCAGCUGACGGAGGUGGAUGUUCACCUGUCACACCUGUAGUGUCUGUUUCCACUGGUGGGGGGGUGAUGGGAGAGGAGGUGGUCGCCAUGGAGACCAACGAGUCCAGUGAGGAUGAGCUGGGACGACUGGACAUUGACCUGGACAGGAAGUCCAGACAACACAACCUGACGUCGAGCAACGUCCGCGCCAUCCUGCAUGAGGUGAUUACCCAUGAGCAUGUGGUGGCCAUGAUGAAAGCUGCCAUCAGAGACACUCAGGACCUCCCCAUGUUUGAGCCUAAGAUGACUCGGUCCAGACUGAAGCAGGCCGUGCAGCAGGGACAGCCACUGAACUGGAGUUUGUCAGCAGUGAACACAGUCAAGCCUCCUCAGUUUGUGGACAUUGACCUUGAGGAUGAUGAGGACUCGUCAGAUGAAGAGUAUUGUCCUGAUGAGGAAGAGGAGGAGGAGGACGACACAGCUGAGGAGACCUUCCUCAGUGAUGCAGACAGUCUGGCUUCACCUCUCAGGAUCCAUCACAGCUCAGCCCCGUUAGACCAGAGGACCGACAGACCUCUACAGAGCUCUCCAGGACAUCUGAGGGAUCAGGUGAGGAUGUCCUGUGCUCCUCAGCACCUCCUCUCUGCUCCUGCUGACUCCUCCUUUCUGGAGAGACUGAAUGCUGUGGAGGAGGAGCUGGACUUUAGCCCCGCCUACACCUUUAACCAGUCUCUGGACAGAGAGGCUGAUGAUGAUGAUGAUGAUGAAGGCUGCCUGGCGUUCCGGACGCGUUCCAAACUUCGUCUGGUGAAUGUUCCUCUGGGUCAGCUGGAGGCGGAGCUUCUGGCCCCUGACAUCACCGCUGACAUGUAUGACCUGAGCGCCACCCAGCGGGAGGAGGACCGUCACUGGACGCAGUGGCUGCAGGGUCUCAUGGCCCCCGACAACGAAGAGGAGGCUGAUGACGACGACGACCCUGAGUACAACUUCCUGGACGACCUGGAUGAACCCGACCUGGAGGACUACAGGACCGACCGGGCCGUCCAGAUCACUAAGCGGGAGGUGAACGAGCUGCUAGAGGAGCUCUUUGACACGCUGCAGGAGGAGGAGGUGGCAGCCAAGGAGCAGGAGGAGCAGGAGGAGCAGGAGGACAUAUCGUCACAGGCUGCACCAAAAUUCAACGUCCCCCAGACUCUACGUUUCGAGGCGCCGUUAGCCAACAUGCUAACAGAGCGACGGCGAACGGUCAGGAAACAGUAUGAGGCUCUGCAGCAGAGGAGGGCCCUGCAGGACACCACCAAUCAUCACCGUGACAACACACACCUGAGGGACACGCCCACCCCACAACCCAACACCACCACACCUGUCCUGCUGCUGCCGAGCCGGGUGUGCCCUGCCCUCCACCUGGAUUUCACCCAGAAACUGCAGCUGCAGCAGCAGAUACAGCAGCAUGUGCAGCUGCUGACUCAGGUUCACCUGCUGAGUCGCCGUGUCAUCGCCCUGAACCAUGAAGCCGGCAUCACUAAACACUACCUGGAGGAGUUGCAGCAGUUUGCCAGGCGUCAGGAGCAGUUGUUUCUGCCCAGCAGUUUCAGAGUGUGUAACCUCCAGGGGGCGCUGGAUCUCCUCCAGGAGGUGGAGCAGAGAGAAGAGCCGCCUCCUGCUCCUGCUUCUCCUCCUGCCUCCAGACGCUGGCUCCCCAGGAUGACUCCUGCCACCAACAGCCAUGCCUUCCCUCUGCUGCCCACUGACACUGCCUGGCUGUUUGCCACCCGACCCGCCUUCCUUUACCCAGAACUACUUCCUGUCUGCAGCCUGGACCCCGGCCUCCACAGCCAACACCACAGGAGUGUUUACACUGCAGGAGAGGAUGGGCUGAUCGUUCUGGGUCUGAAGCACUUUGAGGGGACAGUCCAACCAGAUCAGCUGAUCAGCUCCUACCUGCUGUGUAAGAAUCGAUGGAACCUCAGGAAACACAUCAGGGAGAUGAGCGGCCAGAGAGCACCGCCAAAUAACGUCAUCAAGAUGUUCCUGACACAGCACAUCGUCCCCCCCCUGCCUCUUGCCUGCAGCAGAGUUCAGCCGGGAGAUGAGCGCCCCCCAGUGGACAGAGACUCCUCCAACAUGCCCAACUGGCUGAAGAACAGUAAGCUGAUCAUCCAGAAGACCCACCUGGGCACCACCUGUUAUCCCCCCUCCCUCCCCCCGGGCUGCACCCUCAGGCUUCACCCCUAUUGGCUCAACAAAACAUCCCGUCCUCCUCCCCCCCGCCACAGACGCCUCUUCACCCUGGCCCACAAUGCAUCUCUGCUGCCGCUCGCCAAAGCCCCGGCAAACAGGCAGGUAGACAGACAGGUGGAGAGACAGGAGGAGAGACAGGUGGAUGAGCAGCCAAUCAGCUAUCUGUCUCUGCCUCGUCCAGGUGUCUCGUUACUCUCCGACUCUCCCGCCCUUCCUUCAGCUCCACCUUCCGUCUGUGGAGCCGUCCCAUUGGCUGCUGUUCACCCAGGCCCUGCCCACCAUGCUGACAUCAUCCAGUCCUGCCUUCCUAUUGGCCAGAGCAUGCAUCAACAAACUGCCCCCUUUCCUGUCCUCCUCCCCUUACCCGCUCUGUCCACCACCAACACUACAAAUCCCAUUAUGCCUUGCUCAGCUGCUGCUAUGAAGCCGGGCUACUUUCUCCUCCAGAUGGUGGUGACGCCACCAGCUCCACUCACUGCUGCCUCCCAGCAUGCUCCAGGGGAACUGCUGCACGGACCAAUCAAAGAGGAGCAGAGGGAGGUGGAGAACACCUCCAUGCCUCCCCGCCUCCUUCAGGAGGAGGAGAGACGGGAGGAGGAAAGUUCCAAAUCAGCACUGAGCCCGUUGUUGAAGGAGGAGGAGAGAAUCUUUGCAGGGACUGAGGAUGAGAAGGAGCAGGAGGAGGAGGAUGAGAAGGAGCAGGAGGAGGAGGAAGAGGAGGAGCAGGAGGAGGGCUGGACUGUUGAGGGUGUGAUCAGUUUAGACGGAGGAGAAAACACUGGUGGAGAGGAGGAAGAGGGGAGAGAGGGAGGAGAUGCAGGUGGAGGUGGAGAGGACGAAGGAGGUGGAGGAGGAGGGGGGGAACAGGGAGGAGAGGGGGAGGAGGAGGAGGGACAGAGGGAGGACGGGGGAGGAGAGAGGGAGGAGGAAGGAGAGAAGGAUAAGGAUGAAGAUCAGGAUCGGCAGGGUGAGGACGAGGAGGAGGAGGACUUUGAUGACCUCACACAGGAUGAAGACGAGGAGGAAGUGAUGUCAUCAGCAUCAGAGGAGUCAGUGCUGUCUGUUCCAGAGUUACAGGAGACCAUGAAGCAGCUGACCUGGCUGGCGGCCGAGCGGCGUCUCUGCGCAGAUGGAGACUCGGAGGAGGAUCACUCGCCAACCUCCCCUGGCUCUCAGGAGGAGGAGGAGGAGGAGGAGGAGGAGGGGCCUAAAGGAGAGGAGUCAGGAGAGGGGAGGAGCAGUAAGACGGGAGGGGAUGAGGAGACGCCGUCAGGAGAGGGGACGCCCAGAGGAGGAGGGAGGUGUCCUGGACGAGGAAGAGGUCGCAGCCGACCUCUCCGCGGCCUCAGGAGGAGUCGUCAGGAGCGACGCAGCAAAGACGCCGCGAAGCUGCUGCUGCUGUUUGAUGAAAACAUCCUGGACAACGACCCGCACCGAGAGAGCAAAGACGUGGCUUUCGCUCAGAGCUACCUGAGCAGGGUGCGUGAGGCACUGCAGGACAUACCUGGACAGGUGGAGGAGUUUGUUUCUCUGCUGAAUGAGUUCGAGAGGGUGGGAGAAGGACGGGAGGUGGUGUUGCUGUUCAGGAAGCUGCGAUGCAUCCUGGGAGAUCGGAUGGACCUCCUCCGAGACUUUGCCGCAUUUCUGCAUCCUGAGCAGGCACUGCAGUGUGGACUGUUCGAGGAGCAGCAGGCGUUUGAACGCAGCCGUCGUUUCCUGCGACAGUUAGAGAUCAGUUUUGGAGACAAUCCGUCACAUUAUCAGAAGAUUAUCAAAGCUCUGCAGACCGGUCCGGACCUGAGUCCAACCAGCAUCCACGAGCUGAAAGCUCAGAUGGCCACGCUGCUAAAAGGCCACACCCAUCUACAAGCUGAAUUCUGGGUAUUUUUUGAUGAGCUCCGCCCCCCUCCGGCCCGUCCUGGACAGUUUGAGGAAGCUCAUUGGCCAGAGGAGGGAGGAGGAGGGUCAGAUGGCGGAGAUGGUGUCGGUCAGGUGUCAGGAGGCGGAGUCAGCUGUGGUUUUGAGGAAGUGACGCUCCCAGAACUCGAAGAGGAAGAGGAGGGGCAUAAAAUCCAACCAAUGACCAGCCGGCGCCAGAGGAGGAAGAUGGAUGCCCACAGGAACUACAAGGACUGUGAUUGGUCGGAUAAAGAUUGGCCCUGUCCCUGUCGUAAUGCAAAGAUCCGCAGACACCGGAGGAAGGGGUGUUCUCGCUGCCAUGGCAACAAGACCUCAGGGGGCGUGUCCACAGCCAUGAAGGGCCUGGACCCCCUGUACUCUCAGAUAAGCUCCGCCCCCGGUGAAACAGGUGACAAGUAUCUGGACCUGAAGGGGGACGAUGACAGUCCACAACCAGAUCGAAGCGGAGCAUCAUGGGAAGGCUCGUUCCCUCUGACUGAUGAGAAGGAGGAGGAGGAGGAGGAGGAGGAGCUGGAUGAUGAGGAGGAUGAUGAAGAUGAGGAGGAGAGGAAGAACACUGACAAGGAGCACAGUCCAGCUGUGAAGAGGAGCAGGAGAGAGGAGAUGCUACAACCUCCCUCUGUCACACCCACCUCCUCCAUCUUCUCCACCACCACAGUUACCUCCUGCACCUCCACCCCCACUGUCACCACCCCCUCCAUUUUCUCCUCUACCUCUACCUGCUCCUCCCAAACCUCCUCUCUGUCUGUCUGCACCUUCUCUACUACCUUGCCCUCCACUUCUUCCAUCUCUCCUUCUGUCUGCACCUCCCCCACCCUCUCCUCAACCUCCACCUCCUCUGCUCCUCCUCGGCCCAGUCCUCCUCCUGACCUCCCCGUCUGUGCCAAGAACAUUUCUCUGACAGCGAGUGGAGAGAAAGUCAUCCUCUGGACCAGAGAGGCAGAUCGAGUCAUCCUGACAACAUGUCAGCAGGAAGGAGCCAAUCAGAACACGUUCCAGUCCAUCUCCACUCUGCUCGGCAACAAGACUUCCAGUGAGGUUUCUCGCAGGUUUCGGGAUCUGAUGCGUUUGUUUCGGACGGCAGCUCGUCAGACCAGCUCUGAGGACGAGGCUCUGCCCACUGAGCCCUCAGCAGCCAAUGAGGACAAAGACUGACAUCAACCAAGCAGAGAAAUGAAGUUUGUAUAUCCAGGAUUUUUAUUGUGAAAGAGUUCAUUAAAUGUCACAGAUGUACAGGAAAAAAACUGUAAAUAUGACACUUAAAGAUUAUUUAAUGUUUUUGUAAAAUGUGAAGAGUUUUUUUUUAUAAAAUGUUUUUUCAUGA